CACAAAUCACACGAACAAUUAUAAGUGGCCUAGGAAUAAGCUUAGAUAGAUCCUAAAGAUGCAUUUGGUGAAUGGAGAACAUGAUAGCGAGCUUCUCCAAGCUCAAGCUCAUGUUUGGAACCACAUUUUCAGCUUCAUAAAUUCCAUGUCUCUUAAAUGCGCUAUUCAAUUAGGCAUACCAGAUGCAAUCCACUACCAUGGAAAACCCAUGACCCUUAACCAGCUGAUUACUGCCUUACCAGUUCACCCCUCCAAAACCCUCUUUGUCUACCGCCUCAUGCGUAUUUUAACUCACUCUGGUUUCUUCACAUUACAAAAAGUUAGUGAAAAUGGUGAAGAAGAAGAGUACGUUUAUGCUAUCACCACUUCUUCACUACUCCUCCUUAAGGACAGCCCCUUGAGUGUAAGUCCUUUUCUUAUGGCUAUGCUCAAUCCUGUGUUAACAACACCAUGGCACCAUCUCAGCACUUGGUUUCAAAACGGUGAUUCUACUCCUUUCGAUACAGCUCACGGGGAGAAAUUUUGGGAGUAUGCUGAGAAAGAGCCAAAGGUUAACCAUCUUUUCAAUGAAGCCAUGGCUAGUGAUGCCCGAUUAGUUACUAGCGUGGUGAUUGAUAAGUGUAAGCAUGUGUUCAAGGGGCUGAAGUCGUUGAUCGAUGUUGGUGGUGGCACUGGAACGGUGGCUAAGGCCAUUGCUAAAGCUUUUCCCAACUUGGAAUGCACUGUAUAUGAUCUUCCACAUGUGGUUGCUGACAUGCAAAGCCAUGACAAUCUCAAAUAUGCCGGAGGCAAUAUGUUUGAGGCUGUUCCUUCUGCAGAUGCAGUCUUACUUAAGUGGAUAUUACACGAUUGGAGCGAUGAAGAAUGCGUGAAGAUUCUGAAGAAAUGUAAGGAAGCGAUUACAAGCAACGGGAAGAUGGGGAAAGUGAUUAUAAUAGACAUGUUGGUAGAGAAGAAAGAAGGGAAUGAUGAGUCGACUGAAACGCAACUCUACUUUGACAUGCUGAUGAUGGUGUUGGUUUCAGGGAAAGAGCGAGAUGAGAAAGAAUGGGCCAAGCUUUUCCUGGAGGCUGGUUUCACUCGCUAUAAAAUAAACCCAAUAUUAGGUUUAAGGUCUCUCAUUGAGGUUUAUCCUUGAGAAGCUGGCUACUUUUUUUUUUCAUGAAAACGUGUUCUGGUUUGUGAUCAGAGUGUCUAUUAUUUUGCAAUAUUUAAAGAGUGCUCUGUGGGAAAAAAGUAUUUUAUUUUAGAUCUGUGUUUUUAAUUUAAUUAAUGCCCUCUAAUGAGUGGAAAUGUUAUAUGAAAUAAAUUCAAGCAAUAA